AUGCACAGCAAUGCCAAGGCCGCGGCUGGACGAGGUGCCGAAACCCGCCGCCCCCCUGACAAGAGCAAGCACAGGUGGCCGCUGCGGCAGUUGGCACACGCGUGCAACAAAGCCAACACGAGAUACGGAUAUCUCGCGGGGAGGGACGGCAUCUUGGCAUGCUGCUUCACCGAGUCCGCGGCGCAGGGCGAGAAGGUAUGGCAGGUGUCCAUGAUGCCCGUCAUGUGGACGCAGCACGGUGACCAGAGGUGGGGCCCAGGCACUCCCCCUCUCACCAUCUUCAUCAGAGCCUCCCUCCAUCAACCAUCGACCUCACCGGCCGUCCCCUACCGCGCAGGCCGGCCCGGCCUGGGGUUUCCUACCCUGCAUCAAGCGAUAUGUCAAACAUUUACACAGGAGCUCUGUUGGGAUAAGUCGAAAGGCAUUCCGCAGCACGACCAACUGUCCACCGACAAGGGCAAAAAGGCAGCUGCUGUCACAUGGGACGACGAAUCCGAAGAGGAAGACCAUGUUUCCUAG